CGAAGACGACAGCGUCGGGGGCGGGUCUCGCGACGCUCGAUAUUUUCGGAGUCUUCUCUCUCCCCCUUCCCCUCCCCCACGGGUCGAGGAGGCGCGGGAGAGAGGACUCGAACCCGCUACCCCUUCGCGAUCCAGAGGGACCUGGUGCUAACCGGUGAGGAGCCGUUGACGCGGCCGGACGGAGGAGGGGUGGGGGAGGGGAGGAGGAUGGCGGUCAGCUAGACCCGAGCAGCCGGCCCGGCAGACUCGCCGGAGACUCAGCAGCUGGACGGGUGCGCGCGCGCGCCGGCGGACAUCCCCAGCGAGGGGGCAGGUGAUUAGUAAAGACCGUGCACAGAAAAAAAAUGUUGCCAGCGACGAGCGAACGACUCCCGGAGCUGCUUCUGCUACUUCUGUGCAUGCUCGCCGGGAUCUGUCAGCUCGUACCCUCAGCCUCCGCCAUCCAGUGCUACCAGUGCAACUCCGUGCGGGAAGAGGGCUGCGACGACCUGUCUAAGGGCACCUCGUACCUCAAGGACUGCCCCGACGACGGCAAGGGCACAGAGUUCUUCUGCAGGAAGAUGGUGCAGACAGUGCAGGAGGUCAGCAACACGAGGGUGAUCCGCUCCUGCGGCUGGGAGAAGAGCCCGCACGCGUGCUACAGAUACGACGACGACGACCACAGCGAGGUGGUGUGCCAGUGCUUCGAGGACGGCUGCAACUCUGCGCCCGGCCGCCGCGCCGCGCUGCUGUCGCCCGCGCUUCUGCCCGCGCUGCUGCUGGCGCGCCCCUAGCGGCCGUUCGCGCGAACCCGCUCGGGCGCACGGAGAUUCCCUCUCCACCCGAGGUUGGCCGCCUGCGGGCGAGUUGGCGUGCAGUUUUCAACCCUCGGGUUUCGUGCCUUUCUGCCUCUGUGGGGCGUUUCAACGUUCACCCCAUAGUUUAUAUUAAAAAAGUCGAACAUUACAGAUACACUCCUACAUUACUUACAGUACCGUGUACUUAAUUGUUCGUACUUAAAAAUCGUCCGUGAAAACUAAACUGUAAAACUAACCUUAUAUCGGUAGUAUUGUAAAACAUUUUUAAUCAAAUUUCAUUCUUGAUAGGACUCAUUUAAGAAAUCUUGAACGUUAAGCAGCCGAACCAGGCGGCCAUCUUAAACGUUAAGCCAAAGAUUCAUAGAACUGUGGGCAGGCGUGUAUCGUUGAUGGAAAAAAACGAGCAUGGAUAAAAGAAAGAAAAAAACUUAAGUUCGAGCGAUGCACUAAAUUUUUUUUCUGGUGUUUUUGCUUUGCAACUAGAAUUAGGGUUAGCUUUUACGUCUGUUUACCUGACAUGGCUUAACCAAAAUUAACCUAAAGCACAAGCAUUCCACAAAAAAAAAAAAAAAAAAGGUCGAGAUUGUUCGGGCGUCUGCACUCUGUUUCGUGAACUUUGAGGUUCAUCUACUUAAUUGCGUCUCGAUUUGGCGCCAACGGUUGGUCUCACGUUUGGUCGGUGAAUGAUGUUGAAGAAGGAUUUGGUGGGGGGGGGGGGGGGGGGAGUUAAAUACGCUAGAGACUUGUCACUCACUCGCAUUCGUACUCUUACACUUUUCCUCUCGCACACUCUGGCUCUUUGACAGUCCAGUCACAGUCCAAUUUCUAAACAAACUAAUUCUCAGUCUCGAACAAGAUGGAACGUUUACCAUUCAUUGGCUGUACUCUCAACAAAAAACUUGUCAACUUGUCAACGUUAUCUUUUAUAUUUGAAUAUUAUUUGGCCAGAGUUAAAACGUCCUUCAGAACUCUAAAAGAUAUGUGAAAAAAAAUAUCUCAUUUGACCAAUAUCUCUUUUGAAAGAUUUUUUAUCUCGACACACCAAAAAAAAAUUGAGUUUUAUGAACCUAAAACCAUUUUAGAUAGCCAAUUACUCAUUUCACGUUACAAUAUCGACUGCUGCGGUAUAUAAAUACGUUUCACUUAAAUCUAGUCUCAUUCAUAACCUAAGGGUAUGGUUUACGCUUGAUAAACAUACAACGCUGCCGAAAAGUGCGAAAAGUGGACCAGCGUUUGUAACGAGUGCGCAUUUCCGCUCGAACUCUCAUCCCGGCUUCUCUCGUUCGAGUUGGGACAGUUAGACAGCUCGCUCUUAUACUGUCAAGAGUGAGAACGAGUGAGAACGAGUGAGUUGGGAGAGAGGUGUCUCUCGGCGACCUGGGACAAGGGGUCUACGGCCGGGAUGACGAUGGAUCACGUAGCAAGUUAAACUUUAACGUGACAGUUAAAGACUUUCGUCUUAUUGAGAAAAAUCGAGCUUGGCAGUGUGCGUUUCAGAGAUGCAUAUUAGUAAUGUAAAGUGGCACAAGAUUUGAUACUUUCAAGGGAGAGCUUGUAAGGGUCAUGAUUUUAGUGUGUUGCACUUACGUUCUGCGUGCAUUUUCAUCACGUAAUCACGCUUAAUGAUCACAAUUCGGAAACUAGGGAUCUGUAGUAUUUCACUUACCGUGAGAACUUUAUAGUGUUAAUAUUUUAGGUUAUUCUUGUCUGUAAACGUUUGAGCUGUACAGAGUUAAAAUAUUGUUUAUUAAGUUAGAAACCAUCCUUAGUUAGUUAGUAAAAAAAAAUGCAGCUUGAAAGAAUAAUUUUAAAAUUAUGUUUCUCAUAGGCUUAUAUUAAAGGAAUGUUAGCUUACGAAAACAAAGAAAAAUAUUUAAAUACAACACCUGAAAAGAUGGUUUCAGAACGUAGAUCGUCAAAACGAUUCGAUGGAUUUUUAAUUCCUAGCAAAGAUUGAAAUUGUGUACGUAAUUUGUCUUACAAAGACUCGAAUAAAUUAGUUUAAAAGAGGCUAAACAUAGGCGUUUCACUAGUUACGAAAUACUGAAUACGUGAGUCAUCCGUCAUCCUGACUUAAAAUCGAACAAUACAAGCGAGAAAGUGAAAAGUAACCUUGUUAAAGAUAUGCGUCACUUAAAUAGGAAUUUAUAAUAACUAUUGAAAAGAUACGGGUUAAAAAUGUACUCUCAUUUAUCUCAUUGUAAAUUCGUUGUCGUCGGUUUUACACGGAGUUAUUUAAAACAGAGGUAGCGUAACGUCACAAUAGUGUGUCAACACCACCAUCUUUUAAAAAAAAAAUUUGUUUGCAUGUAUAUUUUCUAGCACAUAGCUGAAACACUUUUAUUUAUUUAAUUUUGUAGCGUUGGCCUUUUGGAGGCAAAUAAAAGCACGAAAAAAAAGUGCAGCUGAUAGUUUUAAAUCCCAGAAUAUUUCCCGGAAAAGUUAAGCGGAAAGUGCUACGCACAUAUAUUUUGUAAACACUUAUGUACAUAGCACACAAGCUCCGUCUGGUUUAUAUUGCCUCUUUGGUCGGUUUUAAAAAAAUAAAAUGUUCUGUUUGGUUUAAGUCUCUAGCGUAUUUGUUUUUGGAACGAUCCCAGCGUAUAAUGUAAUUGUAGCUCUAUAUUUGCCACGAUAUUGUGCUGGUUUCCAUGGCUUUGUGCCGUAGCCUACAUGGUCUUCAGAUCAGUGUAAACUUUUCUUGUAUAUAAACUACAUUAUUUUAACUUGUGGGUCUCUUAUGCAUCAUGAAUUAUUAAAUAUUAUGUAUUAAGUUUCAACUAUUAUAACUGUAUGAAGACGUUAAUAUUAAUUUGAUCCUGCAAAAUCACUGCCACAUCGCCCACAAGUUUACCCAUAAUAUAUUGGCUGAUUAUUAUUUAGUGUUUAUUCAUUGUUUUAAUUUAUUAAGGAUUUUCAUAUAGCUGCUUCAAUGUGUUUAAAAGUUUUGAAACUAGGCUAGAUAUUUAAUGGUUUGUUACAAAGUUUUACGUAAUGUCACCUUGCGUAAAAGAAUAUUAUUUUUUAUUUUUUUUUUGGUUACAAAUAAAAUUUUGCUGGUGAUUAUAUUUGUUUCAAAAUAAUAUAAGUAUGCUUAUUUUCAAAACAAUGUAUUAUUUCGUACUAUGUUGUUUUCAUUCAUAAAUAUAAUAAAUUUCAAUUAUUUUCUCGUGACUCCGACAUGUCAAAAAAAAAACAAUUCCCAGUGAAAUAAACUGAAUGUAUAUUACUGUAAGAAACCUUUUCUAAAGACAGGUUAUGAACUCAAAUUCAAUUGAUUGUAAAAAAAAAUACUUUUUUAAGACAGUUUAAAAAUAAUGUGGUGUUUAUAAUAAAUGGAUGUAUUAUGGUUGAAAUUAAUUUAUAAACUAGUACCUAGAUGAAUCCAUAUAACACUGAUAUUUUAGAGAAAGAAUCGAAAUCAAAAAUAAAUGCACGAUGCUGCAUAAAAUAUUAAGUUUUAUUAAACAUAUACCUACAUAUAUAGUUGAUAACUAACACAUUUAAAUAUCCAGCAGCAGGUACAGGUAAAUUAUAAUAAUUAUAGUCUUGUACCUGUGGUUGAUUUAUUUUGUGCACACAAAAUUCGUUUUCAGAGAGUUUUUACCUAUUGGGAAAAAAAUCUAAAGUUUAAAUUUUGGCCAAUCCUCACUCUUUAAACAAAAUAAGUUUUGCAAUGAAUCGUGUAUAAGCUUAUAAGUAUUUUUUUGGUAACAUGAUAUGGUGUACCGUAGAAAAACAAUUAAUGCAUAUUAAAUUAAUUCUUAUUUUUAAACUUAUUGGCUGUAAUAUAAUUUAUUUUGUGGCUUUUCAAUGUAAAUUACACUUUCUGCUUUCUGGUGUUAUUUUGCUUAUAAGAACUCUCGAAAUGUUAUAUUUGCAAUUGUCACAAGUUGUAUUGCGGUGUGGUGUUGUAUUAAUGUUCCCAUAAAAUGUAAAUUAUUUGUACAAAUCUUGUUGCCUCGUAUAUGUUGUAACUAUUUAUUUUGUAUAAAGAUAUUUUUGAAUCAUU